AUGGCAGCUAGUCAUGGCACUGCGAUCGCGAAGGCGGCUUUGUCCGCCUCUCUUCUACGCGCAGACCCUACUCCCAUUCCUGGCGAUGAGAUCGCGCGUCUCCACAGCCUCCUUGACAAAUGCCUCACCAUUUGCACGCCCGAGAAUAUCAAGACCUGCAAGCACUGGCUUCUAGAACACUUGGUUCAGUCGAGCCAUAGAGUCACGGCAUUUGGAAAAUAUCUGGUCGCCCUAUCGUCCUCGUUGAAGUCACAGUCCGCCGAUGGAAUGACACCUAGCAGUCGAAGACGGCGGCUAUACAUCCUGUACCUGCUAAAUGAUACUAUUCACCAUACAACAUUCUACUCAAGUCCCUCGGUGCCGUUCGGAAAGGGCGUCGAACAGUUCCUGAAGGAUCUCUUCGGACUUGCUCAGGACCCGACCAGAAAAAAGCAGCGAGCGCGGUUGGAGAAUCUCUUGUCAAUAUGGUCAACGAAAGGUUAUUUCCCCGAGGAUAAGAUAUCGAGCUGGAAAGAUGAAAUCGGCAAGUCAUUCCUAGAAUCGACAGAACCUCAAGAAGCAAUUUCAGAUAGCAAGGAUGUCAAGUCAAAGGAACAACAGGUUUUGCUGCCGGCAUUACACGGAGACCCGACAGCCCCGUACCAUGAUCUUCCAGCGACUACUAUGCUACCGUUGAUGCGCCCGAACUCGCCAACACCGAUCAGCACCCGCUCAGUAAAGCCGAUCGCGAUGAAAUCUGGACCUCCGUCGAAACAGCUAUCAGAAGCAAUGGAUGUAUUUAUCAAGAGCGUCGAUAAAAUGUGGUACGGUGGAGAUAUGAGAGUGCUCUCAGACGUUGAUGAAUUGGGGAUGGAUAUCAUCAAGCCGUCGGAUACACAAGACGAAGAUUUCUUGGACGACCCUAUGGAUGCGAGAAAUAAGGAGGAAGGAUAUUACGGCUGGUCACGGGGUUUUGCAAUUCAGAUGACGAAGAGACAGAAGGGGGAGCUUGGGAAACAGAAAGAUGGCUCGAGGGAACGUGGGAGGGAUAGAAGCUAUAGCAGAAGUUUGAGCCGGACCAGAAGCAGGUCUAGGAGCAGAAACGACAGCCGAAGCAGGAGUAGGAGCAGGGAUGGGCACAGCAGAAGCGAAAGCGGAAGCCGUAGCAGGUAUCAAACCCGCUCGAGAUCAAGGUCGAGGUCGAGAUCUCGCUACCGGUCGUCAAGAAGACGGAGAAGAAGUUACUCACGCUCGUACACCCGCUCCCGAAGCCGCUCCCGAUCUCACACAAGGCGAAGACUAAACUCUUCUGGUUCUUCCCUACCUUAUUCGCCCAAGCUUGAAAACACGGUUCCUACGAAAGAAAAACAUCAACUGCCUCCCCCGCCUCCACCCCCACAUCCCCCACACCCCCCACAGCCAAUACAACAGCCACAUUUUGAGCAAGCGAUGAAUGUCCCGCCACAGUUCCCUUUCAAUCAACAAUUCCCGGUCGCAAUGCCUAUGCCACCAGAGAUGGCACAGUUCUUUCAGUCGGCUAUGCCUCAACCUAUGGCCCCGCAACCCUGGGGUAUGAAUAUGCAGCUCAACAAGAUGCCGGCCCCGGGAACGCAAAAUAACUUUAACCAAUGGGGCAACCAGGGACAGGGGAACAUGUAUAACAAUCAACCCCCGCCCCCGCCCCCACCAGGCGGGAAUCAUGGAUAUGGUAACCAGCAGUAUGGCCGCGGAGGCUAUCAAGGUCGUGGAGGGUGGAACAACAGAGGCGGGGGGUGGUAG